GACUACAACAGAUUUAACAAAAGAAAAAGCAUAUACAGUGAUCGGAUUUGUAUCUUUUGCUGCUGUUUAUUCUCAUCUCUAUUGGGUUUAUUCUAUCAUUUUUAUUGCUUAUCAUAAAAUAACACCUUCCGAAGAACGGAUAAGAUGGAAAUACAAAAGAACUCACAAGAAAUCAUUGACAACAAAACCUAAAGUGCUCUUGCCUACAAAGCAACCUAAACCAAUGAUCACCAGUCUGGACCCUACUGUCAAAGUAAAAGAAAUUGAACAAACACACCAUCGUUUGCCUGUGUUCUUGAACGCUUUCCGUACAUUCCCCUCUUCUCAUCGUUCAGUCAUUAAAUCUCAGCGUAAAUUACAAGAAAAAAGCACCUGUGAAUUGCCUGUCCUUGUGGAAGUCAAUACUCGCUUAUCCUCUAGUACCGAUAGUUAUAGUAGUAUCAGUAUCAGCAGCAGCAGCAGCAGUAGUAGUAGUAGUAGUAGUAGUAACAGUAUUGCAGAUGAUAUGCAUCCACUCCCGCAUCGUAAACGAAGCAAGGCGUUAGGUUUACUUCGCGCUACAUUUCAUAGGAGCAAUAGCACAGGAGGUGUAUUAAAACCCGUAUCGUUAUCUAAACAAGAGGAGGACAGCAUUGUUGUUGUGCAAGUCAAAAAAAGGAAACGCGAUACAAUUCUUGGCAUGACGCGUAAACUCUCUGAGAAGAUUGUAGAACAAUCGCAUAAGAUACAAGAGAAGCCAAGCAGAAUCAAACACAAGUUUAAAUUUGAACUUUAAAAGGGAUCUCCUUGUUUUGUAAAUAGAUGUAUACAAUAAACACAUAUGUAAAUAGUA